CACCAAUUUCUGAACGAAACCAACGGUUUUGUACGUUUUUUUCGUCAUUUGUCUUGUCGUCGAUCGCCAUCUUGAAAGCGUAUAUUUGUUGUCAUGUUUACGUUGUGUGUGAAAGGAAAACUUUGAUGUAACUGCUGGUCAGAGCCAGUACAAUUCACAAUGUUUUACGCACAUUUUGUGCUGGCCAAAAAGGGCCCCCUGUCGAAGAUUUGGCUGGCGGCCCAUUGGGACAAGAAACUGACGAAAGCUCAUGUUUUCGAGACCAACAUUGAGACAUCUGUUGAUGGCAUCUUGAAGCCUAAAGUGAAGAUGGCCUUACGUACGUCUGGCCAUUUGCUACUCGGUGUUGUCAGAAUUUACUCAAGAAAAGCCAAAUAUCUGCUGCAAGAUUGUAAUGAAGCGUUUGUAAAGAUCAAGAUGGCCUUUCGGCCUGGGAUGGUGGAUUUACCCGAGGAGCAUCGAGAGGCAGCCAUGAAUGCCAUCACUCUCCCAGAGGUUUUCCAUGACUUUGACACUGCCAUGCCUGAGCUGAAUGAAGUGGACAUUGAGGCUCAAUUCUCCCUCAAUCAAUCUCGAGCUGAAGAAAUCACAAUGCGAGAGGACUAUGGCUCCUUGAACUUGGUCACCCAUGAUGAUGGGUUUGGAGACAUGGGCUUCGACACUGAUAACCCUGACAUCAUGCGAGAAGCCAUAGGAAAUGAAGGGGGCUUGGAACAGAGUAACCUGCUGUUCGCGGACGGGUCAUCCCUGGAACUCGGCGGCAAGGACUCGGAGGUGCCGGGCACGAGCGGCGUGGCGGCCGCCCACGAGCGCCGCAUGGAGGCCGCGCCGCACGCGCCGCUCGACGACGGCUUCGGAGCCACUAUAGCUGAUGUCGCUGACUUUGGACACGCGGGCGGUCUAUUCGAGGGCGACUUAUUCGGCGACGUGACCGCCACGAGCGGCGGCGGCGGCGGCAGCGGCAUGCCGUCCACCGCCGCGCCGCAGUCGCUGCAGGCGGAGAUCGAGGCGGCGGGGCGCGACAACGUGGUGGACACCGACGCCGCCGCCGACCAGCCCGACAGCGAUGACGAUAUGGGCGACCAUCAUAUGGAUGGCGGGGACUCGCCGCAGCACAGCUGGGCGGGAUCCCCGCAGCCGCACCACGAGCUGGGCGCGCCGGAGCCCGCGCUGGACCCCGAGGCGGAGCUCAUGCCGCCGCCCUCCGUGCCGCGCCCGCCCUCCGUCAGGCCUAUGGAGGUGGACCCAGUGCCGGGCGUCCCGGACGAGGCGCCCGAGCCGGCGGAGCACCCGGCCGACCCCGACCACGACAACACCACGCUGCUACAGAACGACGAGGAGUCCUUCGCACUCGCGCCCGUCGACGCCACCGUGCUUAAAGGCAUAACAAAAACCAAACGUAAGCGCAAGCUUAUAGUGGACGAGGUGAAGAACAUAUCCGGUGAAGAGAUGAAGAACCAGCUGAGCAACACGUCUGACAUCGUCACCACUCUGGACCUGGCGCCGCCGACCAGACGCCUCAUGCACUGGAAGGAGACUGGAGGGGUGGAGAAACUGUUCACUCUGCCUGCCAGGCCGAUACCGUCAAGGGUGCUGUUCAAGAAAUACCAGCGCAACAUGACGAACCGCGCGGAGCCGGAGGAGGCGGAGACGCGCUCGCCGGAGCAGGCGCGGCCCGACCACGACGCGCCGCGCCGCCCCGCGCGCAAGCGGAAGAUAGAGGAGCUGGCCCCGCCAGAGACGCCGGCGCCGCCAUCAGUAGCGCCGCCCUCCGUGGCUCCCAUCGAGAUGGACAUGCCCACUCCCAUGCCACAGGACUACGAACCUUCAGUCGACCACUCGGAGCGGCCCCCCACGCCCGGCUACGCGACGCCGCGCAGCGAUGUCGACGAGGCACCCAACACCCCAGGCAUGCUAAGUUCUCUCGGGCCACCACUGACCCCGGGAGUACUGGGACCACUGACCCCCGGCACGCUGCUCCAAGGCGGCCUCACCCCGGGCGGGUUGGCCCACGGCGGCAUGACUCCCGCAGGGCUCACUCACGGCGGCAUGACCCCAGCAGGGCUGGCUCACGGUGGCAUGACCCCUGCCGGCCUGGCGCAUGGAGGCAUGACCCCAGCCGGGCUGGCGCAUGGAGGGAUGACCCCGGCUGGCUUGCAGCACGGGGACUCGCAUCUCGACCUCGCGCUCAAUACUCCCGGACUAAUGACUCCAGGGUUGGUAGACGGCGGCAUGACGCCCGGAGGCCUAUUGGCUGGCGGAUUGACCCCAGCAGGCCUCAACCACGGGGGAAUGACCCCACACCAUGGAGGCAUGACCCCACACCAUGGAGGCAUGACUCCGCAUCACGGCGGUAUGACGCCACACCACGGAGGAAUGACCCCGCAUCAUGGCGGUAUGACGCCGUACCAUGGAGGCAUGACACCGGGAGGGCUGGACCAUGGCGGCAUGACCCCGGCUGGACUGCAACACGGCGGCAUGACUCCUGCAGGUCUCCAGCACGACGUGAUGAUGCAGCACGGCAUGGACGCGCUGGCGGGCGCCGAGCCGCUGCUGGAGCGAGGCGCGCCCCGGGACCACCACUACCAGUCCGGUUUACAAAUGACGAACCUGGGAUACGACGGCCACCACAGCCCUCAGCAUGACUACGACCUUCCACCCAGUGUUGAAAAUACGGACGAGAACGAGCGCGAGGCCGGCGAGACGGACGAGCAGUUCGAGGAGCGCGUGCUGAACCGCCGCGCGGCGCAGCUGUUCACCGUGAUGCGGCCGCGCCUCGCCGCCGCCGAGCGCCUCGCCUUCCGCGACCUCGCGCCCACGCACAACCUCCGGAAACAGGUGGCCCAGAAGUUCUACAGUCUGCUGGUGCUGAAGAAGCACCAGGUACUGAAGCUGGAGCAGGAAGAGACCUACGGGAACCUCAUCAUAUCGAGAGGAACCCAGUUCGAGACCGAAGCUAUUUAAGUGCACUAAGUUAAUGUAUCGAGUGUAAUAUAAAAUUAUCAAUAUAGUCUAUUAGAUGGGAUAUAAAGAAGGUCUAGUUAUAAUAAUUUUGUAUGGGACAUGAUUGAGCCAAAUAUGAGAGUUACGCUUUUGACUCGAGUGCAAGAAAGCAUUAAAAUUAUUCUUUACUUCUUAAACAUUGGACCAAAUAAUAUUACGCGUUUAUUUUGAUCUCAAUUUUAAACAGAUACAAAUUCAUAGUUACGGCUUUUGUGGACUCGAAUCAUGAGCGCUUGCGCAAGGUAUUGAAUCUGGAAGAUACCAGUAAAUUAUCAGUAGGAAAUUGCCUUAUUUUAUUUUGCUGUAUUUAGUAUAAGUAAAAAUUAUUGUAAAAAUGUUUGCAAGUACCUAAUGUUUAAAGCUUUUCAUGCAAUAGGACACAGUUUAUAUUGUUCACUUUCACAGCAAAUUAUGUAAGCCAAGUAUUGUUUGAAUUAAGGACAUUUAUAGAAAUGUUACUACUUAUCGCUAUUUAUUAAUUUCUUCUCAAGGAAGUGUAGACAAAUAAUAUUAUAGUACAUAAUUACAGUUUGAUGAAGAAACAGAUUUUCCUAUGCCAAAGUUUUUGUAGCAUAGCAUGUUUGUUAUUGUUGAUUAUUUGCAACUAGAUAUUGACUUACCAUCAGCGACAUGUGCUUUAGAGAUAUCAAUAAAUUUUAUGAUAAUAUCAGUGUUCAGAAAUUUGGUACCUGCAUGUUUCAGUUUGAAACAUAUAUAUGAAGGUUAGGUAAUUGCUAUUGUGACUACAUGUUUGAUAUGUUUUUUGAACCUAAAAUGUAGUGUUAAUAAAUCAAUGCUAAAUUCAUUAUGAAUUUAUCCUUUUAGGUUUACAGUCGUGGUUAUGUAGAUUUAAAUGACGUUUUACUUUUAUUUCAUAAUUACAGUUAGCAGGGACCCUUUAAUUUGGAACAAGAUAUACAUUUUAUGACUACGACUGUAAGUAAGGCAUGUUUUUUUAUUAUUUUGUGACAUUUUUUUACAUUUCUUUGAGAAACUAUUUUAUGUUUACAUUAUUUUUCAAAAUUGUGUGUUUAUGUUUAGUUAGCAAAAUGGAUUCACUUUACUAUGUAUCAAAAUGUGUUCAUUUUGCCUUAAAAAUUAGCCGCAUUGAGAAUGCUCUUAAUUAUGUUAGCAGGUCCUAUAAUUACUUACAGUUGAAACUUUGGAGUAUGUGCAUGUAGGCGUUUACCUCCCUCCGAACCAGGAGGUAUUCACGUACAUAAUUUAAUUACAAUAAAUUUGUUGAUUCAUA